AUGGCCACCAUGGGCUCCCUUCGAACCUUCCUCCUCUCCUACCCGGAGUUCCUCCUCGCCGCCUUCUGCUUCCUCGCCCUGGCCGCCCUCCGCCUCGCGCUCCAGUGGCGGGCCGCAGCAGGCAGCAACGUGCCCGUCAACUGGCCGGUCGUCGGCAUGCUCCCCUUCGUGCUCGCCAACCUCGGCCACCUCCUCGACGCCGCCACCGCCGCGCUCCGGGACUCGGGCUGCUCCUUCGCGUUCCGCGGCCCCUGGCUCGUCGGCGGCGACUACCUCCUCACCUGCGACCCCGCCGCCGUGCACCACUGCCUCGCCGCCAACUUCGCCCGCUACGACAAGGGCCGCGACUUCGCCGAGAUGUUCGACGUCGCCGGCAGCGGGCUCCUCGUCUCGGAGGCCGCCACGUGGACGCAGCAGCGCCACGUCGUCGCCACCGUCUUCGCGGCCCCCGCGUUCCGCUCCUUCGUCGUGUCCACCGUCGAGAACCAGACGGCGCGCCUCCUGGCGCCGUUCUUGGACCACGCUGCGGCCGCCGGGCGCGCCGUCGAGCUCGAGGACGUCUUCAUGCGCUUCUCGCUCGACGUCUCCUACGCCGUGGUCUUCGCCCACGACCUCGACUCGCUCUCCCUCGAGGCUGCGAACGCCCCGUACCCGCCGUUCGGCCAGGCCACGAGGAUGGCCGGGGAGGCCGUCAUGUUCCGCCACGUUGUGCCGGCAAGGUGGUGGAAGCUGCUCAGGUGGCUCAACGUCGGCAUUGAGAGGAGGUACGCCCAGGCCAAGGCGGUGCUCGACGAGUUCGUCUACCGCGAGAUCGGGAAGCGCAAGGCGGGACACCUGCCGCUCCUUGGAGGAGGAGGGGACCUGCUGUCUAUGUACAUGGCGUGGCCCAGGGACCCUGCCAUGACCGACCAAAAGAGGGGCGAGUUCCUCCGCGACGCCGCCGUGGGGUACAUGUUCGCGGCCAAGGACCUCGUCGCCUCCGCGCUCACAUGGCUCUUCUACAUGAUCUGCACGCACCCGCACGUCGAGGCCAAGAUCCUCCACGAGCUAAAAUCUUUACGCGCCAACGAACCCGCUGAGUGCGGCGGCACCGUUAUGUUCGACUGCGACACGCUCCGGUCGGCGUCCUACCUCCACGCGGCGGUGCUUGAGGCGCUGCGCCUGCACCCGCCGGCGCCGUUCGAGGAGAAAGAGGCGCGCGAGGACGACGUGCUGCCCGACGGCACUGCAGUGACCAAGGGCACCAGGAUCAUCUUCUGCAUCUACGCCAUGGGCAGGAUAGAGGGGAUAUGGGGCGAGGACUGCAGGGAGUACCGGCCGGAGCGGUGGCUGUCUGGCAGCGGCCGGGUCCGGCACCAGCCGAGUUACAAGUUCGCCGCGUUCAAUUCCGGGCCGAGGAGCUGCCUUGGCAAGGACCUAGGGCUCAGCAACCUCAAGAUCGCCGCCGCGGCCAUCAUCUACAACUUCCGGGUGGAGCUCGUCGACGGCCAUGCGGUGGAGCCAACCGACUCGGUGGUGCUCCACACCAAGAACGGGCUCAUGGUUAAGGUCAAGAGAAGGGGGGCGACCUUUGAUGGCUGA